AAAGUCUAUGGUUAAUCCUUUGACAAUUAAUAUAACCUUACAUUGACAAAAAAUUUAAUUCAAAAUAAUUCUCAAAUAACCUAUUAUUGCUAUUGAGUAUUUGUGUAAGGAAGUUUUCAUUUUAUUUCUCUUAAAAAAAACCAUUAAGAUAUGUCAGCACUCCGUAUUAAAUUGGGCUCUUCCACACUUUGUAUGAGAAAAUUAUUAUUUAAUUCGGUAAAAAAUAAAAAGCUCGUUUUAAGCUCUAAUGCUGCAACAAACCUAUAUAAAGGACAGACGAACCUUUUCGAUGUCAAAUAUUACACCACAGCUACGGAACAGAAAAAUACAGAGACUCUAAAAGGAAGCUCAGAAAAGAGAGAAUUUCAGGCUGAAACUCGCAUGCUUCUCGAUAUUGUAGCUAGAUCCUUGUAUUCAGACAAAGAAGUGUUCAUUAGAGAAUUGAUAUCAAAUGCAAGUGAUGCAUUGGAAAAAUUCCGGUACAUGAGUGUGAGUGCGGCACCUGACAUGCCUCAGUUAGAGGAGACAGACAGAGCUCUAGCAAUUAAACUUACUACAGACAAACAAAACAGAACCAUCACAUUUCAGGAUACUGGCAUUGGCAUGACAAAGGAAGAGCUUACACAGAAUCUGGGCACAAUAGCACGUUCAGGAUCCAAGUCAUUUAUAGAAGAAAUUAAAAAGCAAGGUGCUGAGCAAGCCAGUUCCAUCAUAGGACAGUUUGGUGUUGGUUUCUAUUCUGCAUUUAUGGUGGCAGAUAAGAUUGAAGUGUUCACACGCAGCAGUAAGGCAGGAUCACAAGGAUAUAAAUGGUCUUCUGAUGGAUCAGGCACAUAUGAAAUACAAGAGGCUGAUGGUGUUCCAAUUGGCACCAAGAUCAUAGUCUACCUGAAAACAGACUGCAGAGAGUUUUCAGAUGAUGACACUGUGCAAAAUAUUAUAAAGAAAUACAGCAAUUUUAUAAGCAGUCCUAUUUACUUAAAUGAUGAACAAGUUAAUUCAAUUAAGCCUUUGUGGUUAUUGGAACCGAAAGAAAUAACACACGAGCAACAUGUCGAGUUUUACAAGUUCAUCAGCAAUUCAUACGACAAGCCUCGGUUCACGCUACACUACAAAACUGAUGCGCCUCUUAGUAUCCGGUCUAUACUGUAUGUCCCUGAAGGUAAACCGGGUCUCUUCGAGUUGUCACGCGACUCGGAUGUCGGUGUUGCUCUGUACUCGAGGAAAAUAUUGAUAAAAAGCAAAGCUGAAAACAUAUUGCCCAAAUGGAUGAGAUUUGUUAAAGGUGUUGUAGAUUCCGAAGACAUUCCAUUAAAUCUUAGUAGGGAAUUGCUGCAGAAUAGUGCUCUUAUAGUUAAACUAAAAACUGUCUUAACUAACCGAUUCCUGAAAUUCAUGAUUGACAUGUCAACAAAAGAACCAGUGUCGUACAACUCAUUCUACAAGGAUUAUUCAAUAUUCUUGAAAGAGGGUAUUGUUACCAGCCAAAGUCCGCUUGAAAGGGAAGAAAUCGCUAAAUUGCUUCGAUUCGAAUCAUCAAAAUUAAAUAGCGGACAGAGGACAUCUCUUGCCGAAUACAGCGAACGCCAGAAGGAUGAUCAAAAAACAAUUUAUUACUUAGCUGCGCCUAGCCGUGAAUUAGCCGAGUCGUCUCCUUAUUACGAAUCUUUGAAAAAACGUAACCUAGAAGUACUAUUUUGCUAUGACAUGUACGAUGAACUGGUGUUGUUGGAAUUGAAAGAGUUCGGCGGAAGGUCAUUGGUCUCAGUUGAAAACGAUAUGCAACGAGAUCCAACUGAUAAAUCUGAAACUAUAAUAGGAAGCGACGGCCUUCAACAAUCACAAGUCGACGAACUUAUCUCAUUCCUAAAAUCAAAUUUGUCUGGCAAAGUAUUCGAGGUCCGAACGACACAAAAAUUGGACUCGCACCCGUGCGUGAUUGUUGUACCUGAAAUGGCAGCAGCGAGGCAUUUUAUAAGAACUCAAGCUCAAAGUCUUAGUGAGGAGAAUCGAUUUGCCCUUCUUAGACCGCAGUUGGAAAUUAAUGCUAAGCACCCAAUAAUAAAAAAACUACAUAAAUUGGUAUCUACCGACAAGGAACUGGCCAAUAUGGUUGCGCAACAAUUGUUCUCCAACGCGAUGGUCACCGCUGGUCUUAUCAUGGACCCAAGAAACUUGAUCAGCCACAUUAAUGAUCUUUUGGCAAAAGCGCUAGAAAAGCAUUAAAAAUUUUGUUCCUAAUAUAUAAAUAUGUUUUGUCAUUA